UUCGUUACUCGUAGCCUAGAAAAAUGACAAGAUGGUUGUUGCUGGUAUGCCUUGGCGUAACUUCUCAUGGUAUCACAGGCACCAUUACUCCAGAAAAUUCUUCAAGAAACUUGGCAAAUUCGUUGAACGUGAUUCACGAAUGGAAGUAUCUUGAUUAUGAUUUUGGUAGCGAAGAAAAAAGACAAGCUGCGAUUCAAUCUGGCGAAUACGAUUUUACGAAAAAUUAUCUCUUCGAUGUCGAUCAAUGGCAUGACAAGACUUUUGCCACUGUAAUAAGAUACGAUGGUGUGCCUUCCUCUUUGAACGUGAUAUCUGAUAAAAUUGGCAACAGUGGACGGCUUCUACAACCGUAUCCUGAUUGGUCGUGGGCGAAGUAUAAAGAUUGCUCUGGAAUCGUGAGCGUUUACAAAAUUUCGAUUGACAAAUUCGAUAGAUUGUGGGUUCUGGAUUCAGGUCUUAUUAACAAUACCAAACUCAUUUGUUCUCCAAAAUUACUUGCCUUUGAUCUGAAUACCUCACAGUUACUUAAACAAGUCCAUAUACCGCAUGAUAUUGCCGUAAAUGCCACCACAGGAAAAGGAGGACUAGUAUUUCUAGCUGUUCAAGCUAUAGAUCCUAUAAAUACCAUGGUAUACAUAGCAGACCAUAAGGGUGAUGCUUUAAUCGUCUACGAAAAUUCCAAUGAUGCCUUCCAUCGAAUGACUUCCAAUACUUUUGACUACGAUCCCAGAUAUGCUAAAAUGACGAUCGAUGGAGAAAGUUUCACAUUGAAAAAUGGAAUUUGUGGAAUGGCUCUUAGUCCCGUGACGAAUAAUCUUUAUUACAGUCCUCUCGCUUCUCAUGGUUUGUAUUAUGUUAACACGAAACCAUUCAUGAAAUCACAAUAUGGAGAAAAUAACGCCCAAUAUGAAGGAUCUCAAGAUAUUUUGAACACGCAAUCAUUGGCUAAAGCAGUAUCGAAAGAUGGCGUUCUCUUCGUUGGACUUGUGGGUAAUUCAGCUCUUGGUUGCUGGAACGAGCAUCAACCACUUCAGAGACAAAAUUUAGAACUGGUCGCUCAAAAUGAAAAGACACUUCAAAUGAUCGCAGGUAUGAAAAUUAAGGAAGAGCUUCCACAUUUCGUAGGAAGUAAUAAACCUGUAAAGGAUGAAUAUAUGUUAGUUUUAAGUAACAGAAUGCAGAAAAUAGUAAACAAUGACUUUAACUUCGAUGACGUAAACUUCCGAAUUUUGGGUGCGAAUGUAAAGGAAUUAAUAAGAAAUACUCAUUGCGUAAAUUCUAACAAUCAGAAUAAUAACAAUCAAAAUGUUAACAAUCAAAACACUAACAAUCAAAAUAAUAAGAAUCAAAAUACUAACAAUCAGAAGAGUAACAAUCAGAAUACUAACGAUCAGAAUGAUAAUCAAGCUCGUCGUUCUUCAAAAUCGCAUUAAAAUCAAUUAAUUAAAAUGUAAA